AUGAAAGCUAUCAUAUUAUUAUAUGUUAUCAUAUCAAUAUUGAGAAGUGAGUCUGUAUAUUCAAAAGGUACUCUAAGUGAAUUCAAAGUGUCAGCUAUUCACGAACUGCUUAAAAAAGGUGGUUGGAAUUGCACAGACGUCAUAGAAUAUUUUAUAAAGCGAGCAGUUACAUACAAUCCAAUAAUAAAAGCAUUAAUUAACUUUAAUCCAAAGGCACAAGUCGAAGCCUAUGAUUUGGAUGCCUCUUCUAUCAUGAAAAAAAAAGUAUUCAAAGGGCAAUUACAUUGUAUUCCACUUAUUAUAAAGGACAAUAUAGAUGUAGCUGGCGUACCAUCCACAGGUGGAAUUAAAGCUUUAAGAUAUUCAAUACCCAAUAAAGAUGCACCUGCCAUUGAUAAACUUAGAAAAGAAGGUGCUAUUGCUAUUGCCAAAGCAAACAUGGCAGAAAUGGCAACUGGUGACUUGGAAAAUAGUGAAAUGGGUGGUCAAUGUUUGAAUCCAUUUGAUUUGAAACGAACAUGCGGUUCAUCAAGUUCGGGUUCAUGUGGAGGAAUUUCAUCAGCAAUGGCCAUAAUUAGCUUGGGAACUGAUACAGGUGGUUCAAUAUUACAACCAGCAUCAUUUAAUGGUUUAUUCGGAAUGAGAACAUCAGUUGGAUAUCCAAAAACUGAGGGUAUUAUUCCACUUUUUGAUAAACAAGAUGUAGUGGGUCCAAUCGCUAAGCAUCUAGACGAUCUAGUCUUGGCGUAUAGCAUAAUGGUUGACAAUAAAACUAUACAAGAAAAUUAUUUGAAAAAAGUUGAUCCCUCCAAAUUAAAACUUGGAUAUUUUACAAAUUUUUUCAAUACUUUUAAUAUAACAUCUCCUAAGUUAAAUAAUAAAAUGUAUUACCUUGAUUCAGAUAUAAAAGAAAUCAUGUUAAAUACAAUCAAAAAAUUUAAAUCAUUAAAUAUUAAUGUUAUUGAGAACAGUCUCAAUCAAACAGAAUUAACUGAAUUAAUCAAUGUUAUUUAUACUAUUACUGAUCAAGAUGUACAAACAAUAUGUUUAGCUUCGUGUGCAAAAUCAAGCUUAAACAAUUAUUUUAAUGAUUCUAGUAGAUUUGGUGUGGAUGCACCUUAUAAAAAUUACGAUCAGCUUGCUUUAAGUUCACUAUUAACAAAAACAUGGGUUGAAAGAUUCUCUCAAGGAAAUUUACUUGGCGCAGCUUGCUCGGCUAAUUGUCAGGGAUACGCACAAAUGAUAGUAUCUUUUAAGAAUACUAUUGAUAAUUGGUUUAGUUCAAAUGAUGUUGAUGCUUAUAUUUUUCCAUCGUUUGCUCAUCCACCAUAUCUCUUGGUAAAUGAUUCAAGUCGAGCCGAUGCUAAUAGAAUUGAGAGUGUUAUGGGCAUAUCUCCACUUACGUACUAUCCAUCAAUUACUGCACCAGUUGGUUUUUCUCAGCCAACUAUAGAACAACCAGAUGGUUUACCAGUUAAUGUCUUUCUUUUUUCAAAGCCAGAAAGCUUCGAUAAAGUUUUUCAAAUAUUUAAAUUGUUCGAAAAUUUGGGCAAAAUAGAUAAAUUACCGUCUACAACUCCUUUGCUUCUUUCUAACUAA